CCGCGAGCUCGUCGGCAACAUGGCGUCUCCCAGGGGCGGCGGUUGGCCGGGCCCGGCCUCGGGGUGGCGUCGGGCCGGCGCGGCCGCGGCCGAGGCGGCGGAGGCGGGCGAGGCCGGCGCGGAGGGCCUGUACGUGGCCGUGGAGCGCUGCCCGCUCUGCAACACCGCCCGCCGCCGCCUGACCUGCGCCAAGUGCGUGCGCGGAGGGGACUUCGUCUUCUUCGACGGCCGCGACUCCGAGCGGUUUUCUGAAAAGAAAGAGAAAUUAAAGCACCUUAAAAGCAAGCAGAACGAAUUCCAAGCCCAGUUGUUAAAAGCUAUGGAAGGGAAAUGGAUAACCAGCGACCAGUUGAGAUGGAAAAUAAUGUCUUGCAAGAUGAGAAUCGAACAGCUGAAGCAAACCAUUUGCAAAGAAAAUGAAGAAACGGCCAGGCAUGCCGAUGGUCUCCUUAGAAUUAAGGAUGAGAACCAGAAGCUUUACCGCAGGGCCCAGCGCCACCAGGACAAGAAGGAGAAAAUCCAGCGGCACAACCGCAAGCUCGGCGACCUGGUGGAGAAGAGGAUCUGCGACUUGAGAAGCCAGCACGAGGAACUGGCGCGCCUGCGGCGGUCGCAUGUCCUGGAACUGACCUCGAUCAUCUUCCCCAUAGAGGAGGUGAAGAUCGGCAUGAGGGAUCCAGCGGACAUUUCCUCCGAGAGCGACAGCGCCAUGACUUCUAGCACUGUCAGCAAGCUUGCAGAAGCCAGGAGAACAACCUACCUGUCUGGGCGAUGGGUGUGCGACGAUCACAACGGAGACACCAGCAUCGGCAUCACAGGGCCUUGGAUAACCCUUCCCAACAACGGCGACUAUUCCGCUUAUUACAACUGGGUAGAAGAGAAGAAGAGCACGCAAGGGCCAGACAUGGAGCAUAACAACCCAGCGUACACCAUCAGUGCUGCUUUGUGCUACGCAACCCAGCUCGUCAACAUUUUGUCCCAUAUACUUGACGUAAACCUUCCCAAGAAGCUGUACAACAGUGAGUUCUGCGGGGAGAAUCUCAGCAGGCGGAAGUUCACGUGGGCAGUGAAGAAGCUCAAUGCCAAUAUCCUUUACCUUUGCUUUUCUCAGCAUGUAAACUUGGACCUGCUACACCCCCUGCACACGCUCAGGAACCUGAUGUACUUGGUGAGCCCCGAGACAGAGAACUUGGGAAGAUCUGGGCCGUUUGAGAUCAGCGCCGACCUGGAAGAGUCCAUGGAGUUCGUAGACCCCAGCGGUGCUGGCGAAACGGAUGAGAGCGGAGACGAGCGCAUCAGCGAUGAGGAGACGGACCUCGGGACGGACUGGGAGAACCUGCCGAGCCCUCGCUUCUGCGACAUCCCCUCCCAGCCCGUGGAGAUGCUGCAGAGCCAGAGCACGCAGGCCUUGCAGCCCAGCGCCAGCAGCAGCGCCGGCGGCAUGAUCUCCUCGGCGGCGGCCUCCGUGACCUCCUGGUUCAAAGCCUACACCGGACACCGCUAGGAAGCAGUUGGAACCCCCCCCCCUGCAACCUAGCAUCACUGUAGUAAACAUGACAUGUUCAGCUGAAGUAGUGCCUGGAACAAAAAAGACCAGACUUUUCAAUUGCAUAAACCCAAGAUGCUUUUUUUUUUUUUGGCCCAAGUUGACUGCGACGGAAACAUUUUGUAGACCUCUCGAGAGAGAGGUGCAUUUCAGAGUCUAGAAGUGGAACUUGGCGCCUCAAGGUCCUCAUCUGUCUGACCGGAGGAGCGUGAGUGACCUGGCAGUCCUCUGAAGGGGGGGCACGGAGGGAGAACCAUUUAAAGAAUGCAGUUGGAAAGUCACGUCUACCGUCGCCGGUUCCCAUUCGACCAAUUCCUGACAGGGUUUAUGGGUUCCUGUUUUUAAAGUCUCUCUCCCUCUCAAUGCACACAAGUUUGACAGCACAAACGCACAGACAUCUGGAGGUGGGCGAGAAGUGUGCAUAUCUUACAUUUUUAAUGCGGUUUCUAAUCUGCAUUGCCAUAAUUUUAAUAUAGAAAAUAAUCAUGUUUUUUGAAAGAAACAACAGAUUUUUUUUUUUAGGAGCAAGAAGGAGCAGUAGGUGCUGCUGGUCUUUUUUAGAUUUUUUGUUUCUUUGGUGUGCGCUGCAGUUAUUCAGUUACGGAUUUGUUUUAACAGUCUUUCGCGUUAAGCUGCCCAGCGUGCCAAGCGUCUCGCUUGUGCUCUCCGACACCAAAGAGGCUGACUGCAGGAACCAGCCCUUACUGAGCAACCCCAGUGGCAUCUUCGGGGGAAAAGAGCUGCCAUUCUUUUGCAGUUGUACGUGUGCGCAAAAGCUGCACUCUUGGGGUGGGAGUGUGGGAAUAAUUUUCCUCCUCGAGCAGAAUCCCAAGGAAACCUCUGCCCCUUCGAAGCACGGCCAGGCAGCUUGCUGGUUAUUGCACUGCACCACUCUGGAUCAGUGUCCCUCUGUUUUUUUUAAAAAAGUGGCACACUUGCAGUUGUGCAGUUGCUUUGCCGUUGAACGACGGGGUCCCUUUUUGUUCUGUAUUCUACCAAAAACCAAGCUUCAGCUCGGAUCUCAGCCCGAUACUUGGUUCACGCGCUUCCCAGGGGAGAGCCAGUCCCAUGAUGCCCACGAAGGCCACUUCCACUCUGUGUCCAGCCUUGGCGGUGCCUACUGAGGUCCGUAUCUGUGGAGCCCCGACAGGCACCAGGCUGCCCUGUCAAACAGGGAAGAGUGGGAUGGAUCGUGUGAUGCAGCCUUCAUGUGUGCCUGGAUUCCCCUCUCCUUAGUUUGGGGGCGGGGGCAGGGGGUGGUGAUGAAGAAGCGGCAGGUGCCCUCUACUCUCACCAUCUGCUGAUGGCGCAAGCCACGCUGGAGUGGGUCACUGGGGGUGUGGAGGGCUUUAUGUCCAAGCAGAAAAUCCUCCCUCUGUGACGAUUUAAAGGAAGAGCGCCUUUGUGUUCUCAUCCAAGGAAAGGGAUUGGCUGCUUGGACCUGCCUGCCCUUUCUUUUCCACAAUGGGUGGUUCCCCCCACUGGCUACAGCCAUUAACUGCACAUUGUGGCUGUCAGGCUGAAUAGCUACAUGGCUGUCCUCUCAUUCUGUCCUCCCCCUCCUUUGCGACUCCACCCAAGCGGGCAUUCGGGGAUGCUUUUUUGUCUCGGAGCCAAUUCAGACUUUCUCCAGGGCAUGAAAAAGCCGUCAUGGGGCAUGUGUCAAAAAUUGUGCCAAGCUCCGUUUGCCCGUGCCAGGAGAUUUUUGCCAUGGUCUCACGGGUAAGAACGGGGUGAAUACUUCCCUGGGACGACCGUCCUGCAUGCCUUGGAGUGGCUCUUGGCUGAUCAGCCCUGUAUUGAAUUCUUGUUGAGGGUUUUUUUCCCCCGUUCCCCCAUCAAGGUCUGUAGGUAGAAGAGCUUAGGCGAAGAUAGAGAGUAACCAUUUCUGCGUUUUCUUCAGACAAAAUCUGAGGCUAGGGUUCAGUUCUGUGCGUUUCUUUUACUAAACCAAAGAUCCUUCUCAUUUCGUGUUUUGAUUUAAAACCUAUUAGGUGACGCUUCUCAGUCUGUGGAGUCUAUUUCAGAGCAGCUGUGACAAUGUCAUCCUGUCUGUGCCGGGUCAGGCUCCUGUUGAGGUUGUGUCCAGUUAACAAGAGGCCGGGAACGGCUGGGAUCAGGCACGCUGCCUGUUUUACCCAGCGGGCUUCCUCUGCGCGUCUCUCCUGGGCUAUCAGAUUUUAUGUUUGAAAUGUUUCUUUGAAGAAAGGCACUUUAUGAGUUGCAGAAGGGAUGGGCUGCUUGAACCCGGGGCUCAUGGCUGCUUGGGGGAGUGGAGGGCGGUUCCUCCCCACUGAAUUUUUGAGCCCCCCCCCCUUCAAGACAUGCCCAGGGGCUCUCUCCUGUAAAUAUUCUUGUGUGCUCCCUCUUUUCUUCCCCCUCCCCUCUUUGUGUUUUAACCUGUUGCGGUGCUUAUUUAUGGCUCUUGUUUUUUAAACCACCCUGUACGCUUGCAAGAAACCCUUUUCCCGUUCACUCUGAUGAGUGGAAGCAAAUCUCGGUAAGCCACAAACCUCGUCACUGUUGGGAUGUCCUGAUUUUCAAACGGACGAUGCCUCCGCAAUACUGUAGCAUCCAUUCAAAGCCUACAGAGUCACCCUGAGAAAGUCGUAACGAUUUGGGGUGUCACGCCCUUUCUAGAUUCUUUUUUGUAACGAUAGGUUUGCUUUUUUUAUUUUGAGAGGUUUUUACGUGUAUAUAUCUGGAAAAUCUGGGAGCAUGUGUCCAAAACUUCAGUGCAAUUGAGAUGCGUCAGUCUGCUCAGCAGGGAGAGAAGAACCUGCUAGCAGAGAUUCUGGUUGAGCGUUCUGCAAGGUCAUAUUGUGAAGCCACAAAGGCAGAAUUGCGUAUUUGAGGGCCAAGAUUCUUAAAGAGGCGUAGAGGCAUGUCUGGAAUUAAGGGGCUUGUUCUCUGAAAAGAGGGGACGUCUCUUUGCGUACUCCAAAUCCCCAAUCCCUUUUGGCCACGGUGUGCCAUUGUCGAACUAGUAGGGUUGUAACACGAAUGUGUGUGUUUUUCUAAAAAAAAAAUUGUAUUGGCGCAAUAAAUCUUUAA